UGCAUUAGAUCAGGGUUAUAAAAGUUCUGCCAUGAAGCGGAAGUCUUCAUCGUAAUAAAGAGUGUUGCUGCUUUCAAUUUGUAGUGUUCAUCAUGGAAUUGGCAAAACUCUUUAUUUUGAUUUUAUUGUGCCUUCAGUGCGUGUGUAAUGAUAUUAACCACAAUGCAAGAUCAAUUGAAGAAGAGAGUUUGGCUGAUUUGCUUUCGUGGGAUGAGGCAUCUGACCUUGUGUUAAAAGGAUUGUUGGGGGAAUCUGGUCUUCCUGGUGACUUCAGCCUUGAUGAAUCUGCAGCAGAAUCUGGUUCAGAUGUGCAUGGUAACUACAGCCAGGAUGCUGAAGCAGUGGAAUCCAGCUCUAAACCACCUGCUAACUUCAGCCUAGAUGAAUCUGCAGCAGAAUCUGGUUCAGAUGUGCAUGGUAACUACAGCCAGGAUGCUGAAGCAGUGGAAUCCAGCUCUAAACCACCUGCUAACUUCAGCCUAGAUGAAUCUGCAGCAGAAUCUGGUUCAGAUGUGCAUGGUAACUUCAGCCAGGAUGCUGAAGCAGUGGAACCUGGUCUUCCUGGUAACUUCAGCCUUGAUGAAUCUGCAGCAGAAUCUGGUUCAGAUGUGCCUGGUAACUACAGCCAGGAUGCUGAAGCGGUGGAAUCCAGCUCUAACCCACCUGCUAACUUUAGCCUAGAUGAAUCUGCAGCAGAAUCUGGUUCAGAUGUGCAUGGUAACUUCAGCCAGGAUGCUGAAGCAGUGGAACCUGGUCUUCCUGGUAACUUCAGCCUUGAUGAAUCUGCAGCAGAAUCUGGUUCAGAUGUGCAUGGUAACUUCAGCCAGGAUGCUGAAGCAGUGGAACCUGGUCUUCCUGGUAACUUCAGCCUUGAUGAAUCUGCAGCAGAAUCUGGUUCAGAUGUGCCUGGUAACUACAGCCAGGAUGCUGAAGCGGUGGAAUCCAGCUCUAACCCACCUGCUAACUUUAGCCUAGAUGAAUCUGCAGCAGAAUCUGGUUCAGAUGUGCAUGGUAACUUCAGCCAGGAUGCUGAAGCAGUGGAACCUGGUCUUCCUGGUAACUUCAGCCUAGAUGAGUCUGCAGCAGAAUCUGGUUCAGAUGUGCAUGGUAACUACAGCCAGGAUGCUGAAGCAGUGGAGCCUGGUCUUCCUGGUAACUUCAGCCUUGAUGAAUCUGCAGCAGAAUCUGGUUCAGAUGUGCAUGGUAACUUCAGCCAGGAUGCUGAAGCAGUGGAACCUGGUCUUCCUGGUAACUUCAGCCUUGAUGAAUCUGCAGCAGAAUCUGGUUCAGAUGUACCUGGUAACUACAGCCAGGAUGCUGAAGCAGUGGAAUCCAACUCUAACCCACCUGCUAACUUCAGCCUAGAUGAAUUUAGGAGCAGCCAGGAGUCAGAAUCGGAUGAGGAAUCUGCUGAUGCUUCUGAUGAGUCCAAACCUAGCCUUAUCAUUGUGUAUGGUAAUGUCAGUGACAAUGGCAACAUGGAGAUUUUUGUUAAUGGCUCUGACAGUUCCGAUGUUGGGUUACCUUAAUAAAGUUUUAUGUGGACUUGAA